AUGUUCCAGUGGAACCAUUUAACGCACUGCAGAUGUAGACUGACCUAUGCGUGCAUACGAACAUCGACUGGCAGCGUGUCCACAAGAUGGCUAGCCAAUUUGACCGAACAUAAAAACGAGAAUCAUACUUUCUCUAAAAAAAAUUUCAACAAUGUGUUCAUGCAAAAUAUCAGGAUUACUCAAGAUGGGCAGAUCAAGUGCGAGCGGUUCUUCUUUUCCAAGUAUAGUCUGCCCUACGUUCUGAACAUCCCCGUGAGUGACCUGCGCCUGAUCGACUCGAGCAACAACCACAACCCCACCCUGCUGGUGAGGAAGAACAUGAUCCUGCUUCGCACGGGUUUCAUCAGCUGCGUGAUUCGGUUCAAUGAAUUAUGGAUGUUCGAGCCGAAUAACCCCUUAGUGGUGAAGGCCACCAAUUUGGUUAAGAAGAAUUUUAAAAGGAAAUGUGACCUGGACGGUGAAGAAGCAGAAGAAGAGGGGAAGCCAAAUGGGCAGUCGGAGAAUGUAGCCAAUUCCUUUGAAGGGAAGGACGACUGUCCGGGGGUAGCCGAUAAGAAGGAGUGCCAAAGAACAGCCUCAGACGAACGGCCUGGAGAUGGCGCUCCGUAUUGUCCCCAAGAGGGCUCACAGGAGUGCCCCUCUCCGGAAGAGCUAAACCACGUGAAUGUUAAAAACCAUUUUUACAAACACAAAUCGAACAUCUACUUCGAGUUCCUCUGUUUGGAUAUCUGCAUGCAGUUGUCUAUAAAGGAGUACGAAGAAGACCUCUACCACCUAAACGAACGAAUCAAGGGAAUAAUCUUACAACAACGGAAGGAAGAAAACAACGAAAUAAAUAUCCUGACAAAUAACCUAUUGAGAGAUAUGAUGAAAAUAAAAAACAGCUUGCAGAAGUUUUCAAAUUUGUUAAAUGCUCUGCGUAACAGUAUCGAGAGAAUUUUAAAUAACCACACGGACAUGGAAAACAUGUAUCUAACUUUUAUAAAAACGAAUAUACUGAAAGAAGGAAUUCUUUCUUCUGGUAAUUGUAGUAGGUUAUCUAGUCCCUUAAAGGAUUGCACUGACUUAGAGAUCGUUUUAGAGACCCAUUUACAGUUAACGGAUGAGCUGUAUAGAGAAUUAGAAAACGUGGAAGAGAAAAUUACUCACUAUGAAGAACUGAUGCGAUUGAACUUGGAUUACAAUCGAAACAAAUUCAUCCUGUUAAAUGUUAAGAUAUCUUUUGCCACUUUGUUUUUUUCCAUUUCUUCUGUUAUUACAAGUUUAUUCGGCAUGAAUUUAAAAAAUUUUUGUGAAGAUAGCGACUAUGUGUUUUUCUUGGUGUCCCUCUCUGUUUGCGUGUCGUCUUUCCUUGGGAUUCACCUCACCAGGAACAUCAACACGAUUCUACGCUUUUUCGAUCGGUACCGCGUGAAGUAA